AUGUCGUCUGCUGUGGACUCGGCGGUUGUUGUUGGUGGAAGUGUCUUUUUCGGUACAGAUGACGGGAUUGGUGGUGAAAAAGAUUUUCUGGAAUUGGAUAUUCCAGCUGUUGAUGGCGAAAGUGCAAUCUGGAAGAAGGUUUUCGAUGAGGAUUUGAUGGAGGGAGUGGAUGAUGGCGAUCAGUUUGUGGAUUUUUUACUGCUGGAGGAUGGGAUAAUGUUGGAUUUGGUGCAGGGAGAAAAUGAACAGGAUCAGGUUCAAUGCACUCCUACGCAUGAAGGAAAUGAAAUCGAUUCAUCUAAGAACGCGUUACGUAACGGAAAUGCUAUGAGAAGGCAUAGCAAGGAAACGCCUAUCGAAUCAGCUGACGUUGAAGAGAGGCAACGCAAGGACGAAACUGGCAACAAUGUUGCAUCGAAAUGUUCAGCAUUCAAGUGUGGCGUUUGUUUGCUGCGAUUUAAACUCAAGGCACACUUGAUUAGACACAUGCUUUUGAGGCACCGCCAAGACGCUGCCAUCAAGCAGGCUGAGAAGAUUUACAGCAGGUGUUUGCGAUGCAAUGAGCUCUAUUUCACUACUUUCGACCUAGAAAGUCAUCUCAAAGAGAAACACAAGACUACCCUGCCAUGUGAUAUCUGCUUACGAUUGUUUGAAGAUGAGAAAUCGCUCAACCGCCAUCGAGUGUACCACGUGGGCGUGAAUCCAUUCACCUGUGAUGUAUGCAACAAACAGUGCAAGAACUCCAGCCAUUUACAUUUUCAUCGAAGAAGUCAUUUCACCGCAGAUCUAGGUUACGGAUGUCCACACUGCCAAAGACGAUUUUCCUCGUCGGGAAACCGCCAGAAACAUAUCGCACGAGUCCACACUCAAGACAAACGUUACAAAUGCUCCAACUGCCAAGACUCGUUCGUCUAUUCUCGCCAGUUGAAAAUUCAUCUCCAACAAUGUCCUGUAAAACGGGGCACUCACAGUUGUCCAGAUUGCAACAUCCCAUUCGCUACCAAUCAACAACUGGCCAAACAUCGCGAGUCAUCCCACUAUCAAAAAGAUCGACCCCACGCAUGCGACCAAUGUCCAUCACGCUUCAAACAACUUGGCCAUCUUAAAACACACAAACUGACCCACUCUGGCCUCAAACCAUUCGUAUGUGACCACUGCGAGAAGCGAUUUCGCACCGGAACUGACCUCAAAGUGCACCAAAGGGCCGCGCACACCCAAGAGAAGCCAUUUCGCUGCGAGCAAUGUGACCAGCGUUUUAUCGUGGGCUAUCUUCUAAAUCAGCACCGUCUCAAAAUGCACUGCGAUCGCAACGCCAAAAAAUAG